CAUGUUUUAAUCUGACGGUUGCGAGUUCUCCAAUCAAACGAUACCCAUGCGACCGACGGAAGCCUGGGCCGGUCGACCGGCGUAUAUAACUGCCCUUGUACUAUUGAGCUGUUGUAACGUAGUCCUAUUCUCUAGGAUCUCACCCGCACUCCUCUGUGCAUGGCCUGCGUGCCGCUUCUCUUGGGAGCUCUCUCCUAUAUGUAACCAGUGUAACACUUGUGAGAUGAAUACAACAGUUUUACAGCGCCUCUCUUCUCUCUAACUUGCAGUCCACCACUGGCAGUCCCCUCCGGCCUUGAUGCGGACGGGAGGGAGAGACCCCUGAUGUCGACGUCUCCAUCGCGCCGCGAGUGCACACGCGGAUCUCGUCGGAGAACCUGAGGGGUCGCCGUCGAAGGGGAAGGAGUGGAAGAGGACGCUGGCAUGCAAGCUGUACGAGGUGCAGAUCCAGCUAAAGGUCUGCCACGACCCCGCCGCCUGGAGGAGCGGCGCCCGACCCCGCCCGACGCUCGAUCUGGUGUUGUGUCGGCUGCCGACCGACCCCGGGGAUUGCAGACCCCCAUGCCACCGUUCUGCCUCAGCUCGUCCUCUCGCGAUGAGAAAACUGGGGGCUCACAGGACAGAUGCACUGCAGAGGCCACGAUCCAAGCCGCCCCUCAAGCCGGGCGCACGCACAUCCAAGAUCUGGCCCGAAACGCCGCAGCAAGGCACCGUCGGAGGAGGGUGAGCUGGACACGACCACACCGAUCCAGAGCCCGAAGCCCCGACGCAGAUCCACGCAGCCCCGUCAAGCUGCCGCCGAGCUCGACCCUGUAGCAGGCCACCGCUUCCGCGGCUCCACCAUAGGCUCAGCCAACCCCCCUCCCCCGCGCGCAAGCACGGCCACCAGGAGCCCAUGUGCAGCCGUGCCGCAACCGGCCGACGAACGCGAAGCAGCUCACGGGCGAGACGGCCUGGGAAAUCGAAUCGUCCAGCUGCUGCAGAUUGGGGGCGGUCACAUCGAUGAAGGAGAAGAGAGAGAUGGGGUGAACGGAACGAACGCCAUGGGCUGGGAGGGAGGGGGUGGAUCAGAAGGGCUCGUGGUGUGUGCUGGGGCCACGGAUAGAAAGAAGAGCAGGAAGAAGAGGGAACCGGAUCCUCUAACAUCCUCAAGGAUGUCACACGCAUUUCACUGCAGCUUCGUGACAUCCUUUGAGGAUGUUAGAGGAUCCACUUUUGAAAAAGAGCAGCGCUGAUAGGUGGGAGGGCGCUGGAUGGAUGGAUAAAGAGAGGAAGGAGAGGAGCAGAUGUUCACGGCUCCAUGCAGUAGUAGUGGUCUCGGUGGGGAUUAUUGCUCCACGGCUCCACGCAGUAGUAGUGGUCUCGGUGGGGAUUAUUGCUAUAGAUUUUGCUUUUUUUUAAUGGCUGCACCUGCCAGACGCUGCUGGAAGUUGCCAUGCUAGCACCGAUUGCGAUUUUUUUUUUAAUGAGCACCGAUAUAAUUAC